AUGAAAACUACCGGCCGUAGUUCCCAAAGACGCAGGACCGCCCGGUGUAGCUUCAAAAGGGGUUGGUUUCGUGGUUUAACAUGACCCAUCCCCACAUCAGAUAUCAUGGCCUCUUCACACGAAUACUUCCCUAUUGCACUGGUCGGUAUUUCUGCAGAGCUUCCAAGUGGCCCUCAUGGAACAAGCAACCUUGACUAUCAGUCGUUUUUCGACUUCCUCAUGAAUGAGCACCAAGCCUACGAGAAAAUUCCAGAGGAUAGGUUCAACAUAGAUGCUCUUAAGGGAUUGAAUAUCGGUGAAGUGGCUGCCACACAUGGCGCAUUCUUGAAAGAUUUGGAUUUAUUCGAUCCUAUCGAAUUCGGAAUCAGCAGCAAAGACGCCAGGAUGAUGACAAUUGGAACGCGAAAGCUCAUCGAGCUGUCAUUCCUUGCCUUGUUAGACUCUGGAAUCGAUUAUCGAGGCAAGAAUAUCGGCUCUUACAUGGCGAGCGUCGCCCAUGACGCCUGGAUGAUUUCUGGCGAGGAUGAAACAGAAGCCCGCGGUUCAUUGGCUUAUCCCCCUGCAAUGAUUGCUAAUCGUGUAUCAUACCACCUGGACCUACGCGGACCUUCCAUCCCCACCGAUACUGCUUGCAGCUCUAGUCUUUCGGCCUUCCAUCUCGCCAUCCAGGCCAUACGUAAUGGGGAGUGCGAAGCGGCGCUUGUGGGCGGUUGUCAGUUGAAUCACAGGUUUGUGGAUUGGCUGGCAUACAGUCAAGCUGGGAUUCUAGCACCGGACGGUAAAUGCAAACCCUUCGACGCCUCUGCUAAUGGAUUUUCCCGGGGAGAGGGUGCCGUUGUUGUUGUCCUCAAACCGCUCGACCAAGCUCUCCUCGAUCAUGACCACAUCUAUGCUACGGCUCUGGGUACUGGAAUCAAUUCGUCCGGUUCACUGGCUCCUGCAAACUCCCCUGUAGCUUAUGCUCAAAGGGAAGCGAUGUUGAGAGCUUUCAAGCAAGCCGGCCGUCAGCCACAUGAAGUUGAUUUCGUCGAGCUUCAUGCCACAGGUACUGCUUCUGGAGAUCCAACGGAAGCAAACUGGGUUGGAGAGAGCUUCCUGAAGAACGACAACAAGGAGCUCCUUAUAGGUAGUGUGAAAGGAAACAUAGGUCACCUCGAGAUUACAGCAUUUCUUGCGUCACUUUGCAAGGUUUGUUCCAUGUUUCAAUCAGGAAUCAUCCCUCCAAACGUCAAUUUCCUCGACCCUAAUCCCGCCAUUCAUUGGGAGGACUUCCAUCUUCGCGUCGCCUCAUCGCCAACCUCGUUGCCUUGUCAAUCUCCUACUGGACUCUCGCUGGUCUCGUUAGCGAGCUCCGGAAUCGGUGGUGCCAAUGGUCACUGCGUUGUUGAGGGCCCUCCUGCCACCAAGCCUGUAAUCCCGUUCUGGCAGUCAGGUAGUAUUCACGCACCUUGUCUUUUGGUUGCGGGCGGCCUUUCGCCGCGUUCAACGGUAGCCAUAGGAGAGUCUAUACAAGCCAUGGACAGUGAAACAUUAUCUUCUGUAGCAGCGACCUUCGGACGUCGAUCCAGGUCCACGCCUUGGCGUUCUUAUGCGGUCACUUCGUCAAAUUCUCCCCCUCGUUUUACUGAGCCGGUUCUCGCUCCCCGUACUCCCCCACUCGUGUUUGUGUUUUCGGGACAAGGUCCUCAGCACUUUGAGAUGGGCAGAGAGUUCUUCAGCUCCUGCACUGUCUUCAAUAGGAGCAUUCUUGAAAUGGACGAAGUGCACAAGCGUACAACUGGAUUUUCGCUCAUCGCACGGACUGGUCUUUUCACUCAAAACGCUCCUUGUGCAGAAGCACUCGGGGACGUCUGGCCUAUUGCAUUGACUCUUCCUGCUCUUACCAUGCUUCAAAUAGCGACCUUCGACGCUCUUGUGAGUCUGGGGAUGAAGCCUGCUGCGAUCGUGGGCCACUCUGCAGGAGAGACCGCGUUGUUAUACGCAUCUGGAGCAGGUUCCAAAGCCAUGGCUGUGGAGCUUGCGAUCGCGCGCGGACGGGCUAUGUCAAUCGUCGAAGGCGCGAUGGCGGCAGUCGCAUGCUCCCCCGAACAGGCCCAGAAAGUUAUAUCUGAGGUGUGCGCCGAGCGGGGGAAUGCCAUUUUGGAUCUUGCCUGCUAUAAUACUCCUGACGCCAUCACUCUGUCGGGAUCAUCUGCCGACAUCGACCUCGCAGUGAAACGCGCGAAGGCUGCAGGAUUUUUGGCCAAGCGAUUAAAUACUACCAUUCCUGUGCAUUCCAAACUGAUGGACGUUUGUCGCGACGAGUUUCUGCGCCUGGUGACAGACAUAUUCGAUCGCUAUCCCUCGCAGCCCCCUAAAAUCCCAACAUAUUCCACCGAACGCGGCAUGCUGAAACACGACCGAUUCAGCGCAGAAUAUUACUGGUCCACCACGCGUGGCCCAGUGCAGUUCACAGGAGCAAUUCAGCGUAUGAUUCACGACAUCGGUACUCCGAGCUUUUUGGAAAUAGGACCUCACCCAGCUCUUGCUGGUUAUCUGCUCACUCUCGGGGGCGAGACAGCUACUGUUGUCUGUCCUCUGCGGAGACCCAAGGGCAAUCAAGGAGAAGUGGUUUCUUUCCUCGAGGCUUUGGGGAAGCUGGCGGUUGCUGGACAUUGCUGCAUCGACUUCAAUGUUCUCAAUGGAUGCACCGCAGCAGACGUCCCAAAACUACCCGCCUACCCCUUUUCCCGCAAGAAGCUCUUCCUGUACCCAAAUUCUUCUUCCAUGCAGAGAAUUCGUCAGCCUCGCAACGGGCCGUUGAAUUACUCUCCGCUUCGUAUCAACUCGCAGACGCACCCUUACCUGGCUCAGCAUGUGAUCCAAGGCGAGCCUAUCAUGCCUGCCACAGGUUUCCUUGAAAUGGCAUUGGAAUAUGGUGCACGACAAUUAUGGGACAUCAACUUCUUAUUCAUGCUCUCUCUAUCUGGGGAUCAACCGGUGCCAGUUGAUGUUAGCAUCGAAGGACCUCGUUGGUCGGUGCGCUCUGCUCUAGUAAAUCCAUCGCAAUUGCCCGGUGCACCCCCCCAAUUUGAUCGUCUGCAUGCUGAUGGCUACCUAUCUCUGGAUUCUCCAUGGUCAACCUUGCCGGCAGUGGACAUCCAAGUGAUCAAAGCACGCUGCACGCAAGUUAGCGUUGAAGGUUUUUAUGAAGGGUUCGAGCACUUCGCUCAAUAUGGCCCAGAUUAUCGGAGGAUGUUGGAUUGCUACCGGGGUACUAACGGAGGACACGACGAAGCACUGAUACAGAUCCGCGGGGAUGUCGGGGACCUUCCAGGACUGGAGAAGUUCAAGAUCCACCCCGUCAUCUUCGACUCCGCAAUACAUGCUCUGGUCCAUCCAAUGUUCACCUGUCUCGCAGACAAAUCGUUGUAUUAUCUUCCUUCUCAUCUGCACAACCUGACGAUCCAUGAAACACUUGUUACGUCCCCAUUCCCGCGGUCUCUCUAUACUCAUGUUGUUUUCCGCCAGUGGACACCUCAAUCUCUGACGUAUGAUGUUACCCUCCUGGAUGAGGAUGGAAAUCGUCUCUGCACGAUGGACUCAUUCGAAGUUGCCCUUCACGGAGAGUCCUCUCUAUACGAGCCGAGACGUCGCUUCGACUUGGCGUAUGAGCCCAUGCCACUCGACCUGUCUUCGUGUCGUCAGCCAACCCAGCAAGAAUUACCGGCGCACGACCAAACCAGCGAUAACUCGCUGGGCCUAUUGGGUAUGGAUGCUGCAACGUCAUUGUCGGCUCCGCUCGACGUCAUCGUUUACGAGCACGGAAAAGGGUUAGAACUUCAGCCGAUAUUAUCCGCACAGGACACUGCUGCUCCUCGCACUAUCUUUUUCACGGCACUCGCUGGUGUUGACGGAGACGAAGCCGUUGGGUUCGUGCGUGCCUUACGGAAGGAAUAUCUUUCAUGGACAAUUCGCGUCAUAGUGUUCGACCCGGCUUGGGACGAUGAAAGCAUAAGACGGGCGGUUGAAGUCGUGUCCAAGAUGCCCGAGGUGGAGACGGAACUCGUGGUGGACGCAUCGGGAUCGGUACAUGUCCCAAGAAUAACACUGUGCGAGGGUCCGAAGAACGUCUCUCCUUUCGACUUCCACGAGCCAUGGCAGCUCGAGAAGUCGGCAGUCGUUCAUUGUUCGUCUCCUCCUGUGGAUUGUCGUUCGGCUGUCGUGCAUGUGCACAGUGUCAGCCGGUCGGACGAUCAGAUAUGGACUUUCGUUGGCUCCCUGGGCAGUUCUCGCAAAGGUGUCAUGGGGAUAUCCGCUUCUCCCAUUGGAAACAUCAUCACCUCGCCACUUGAUAGCCUGGUGGAUGCCCCUGCGUCCGUGGGUGUUGAUGCGUUGACGGGUCCUCCCGUUCUCGCUAUCGCUGUAGCAGUCCUUGCUGUUGGUCCUGCAUAUUUUGAGAACCCGGGAAGGUUCCGCGGAGAAAUCCUUGUGACACAUGCAGAUACUCAGACUAGCAUGCUAAUAGCUCAACUCUACCUUCUCCAAGGCUUUUCCGUCGUUACUCUAACGCAACAUGCGACGGACUCCGAAAUCAGCCGUCUCCCAAAUGGUCAUUUCAGUAUCAUCGUCUCUGAAUACAGAGACGCGGGAACGCUUCAUCUCUUAUCGCGUCUCUUGACGGCUAACGGGAGGACGUUCCCGUGGAAGCAUCCCACGAAAGGCUUGCAAUCGCUGCUCGCCUGCGACCCGUGGUUGGUCGGUCACGCCAUUCGUCUUGGAUCAAGCAUAGCUGGCAACGAGCUCAAGAUUCGCAUGCGCAACCUAAGCGAUAUCAUCACCACAAAGCCCGGCGAUCUCGUCCCUGUGAAGAAGCGUCUUUUCAGCGACAAGAAAGCUUAUAUACUGGUGGGAGGUGUCGGCAGCCUUGGACUUCAGAUUGCCCAGUGGAUGUACAAGAAUGGGGCUCGGGAAAUCGCUCUGACUUCUCGGUCUGGGCGCGCUGGAAUUCUGCGCAGGGGAGACACUGCAUCUCAGCGCAUCAUCACAUAUCUCGACAACCUACCGGAUUUAAAUUUACGCAUCGAGGCAGUCGAUGCCCUCAGCGAGGAUGGUAUGAAAGCGUUGGUACGAGGACUCCAGAAUCCGCUCGGGGGAUGUGUGUUACUCUCCGUGGUUUUGGCGGAUGGCCUCUUUUCUGGUCUGUCCACUGAGAACUUUAAUGCGCCAUUCAAUGGGAAGAUUAGAGGAUUCGAGGUGCUAUGCAACACCAUUGACACAAGCAAGCUGGAUUUCUUGAUUUCGAUCUCCUCGGUGUCGGCACUUUUCGGGAAUGCGGGACAAACUAAUUAUGCUGCAGCGAACACCGUGUUGGACGGCAGACUGCGCGCCAUGCCCAACGCGUUCUCCAUUGUGACUCCCGCAGUCACAGACUCAUUCGUCGCUACAUUGAAUCCCACAAAGCUCAAACGCUUGGCAGAUUGGGGGAUGUCGUCUCAGAGGAUCGUCCAAUUCAUCGGUGAAGGUAUUCAAAAGCUCGCUGACGGCCCUUUCUGGCUCUAUAUUCCGGAAUUCGAAUGGGAAGCGGUCCGCGCCACGCUGGGAAAUGAACAGAUGUAUACUCACUUAUUGCCCGAGCGGACGGUCGCAGAAUAUGGAACGUCGACCUCAAAGGAUAGUGUUUCGAUCAGUGACGUACUGUGUGCCACCCUGGACAUUGCGCGCGAAGACUUGUCUCCCGACGUUCCUUUAACGGUGUAUGGUUUGGAUUCGUUAUCUGCUGCGAGGUUAUCCUUUGCCUUGAACCGCUUCUUUGCCAUCAGCCAAACCCAACUCCUUGCAAAUGUCACCCUUCGGAGUCUAGAAGCCCGGUUAGAGGACCAGCAGCCGUCUUCCCUCUCUGAAGCAGAGCAAAGCAGUGCAUCUUUGCUUCACAAGGUAUCUGAGAUGAGGUCCUUGGUUUCCAAGUACACGUCUGGAUUCAAGAGCCCCAAGACGCUGCUGCCUUCCUCUCCGAGGUCACGAGACUGCGCCGUUCUUAUCACCGGUACUACAGGCAUCGUGGGCGCACAGCUUCUGGAAUGCUUGCUCCGUGCACCAGAAAUCAGUCGCAUAUUUCUUCUCAACCGUGCCAAGCCCGGAACUUCGACCAUGUUGGAACGUCACCAAGAGAUUUUCCAGACACAGUCCCUCGACCCUAUGGGACUGGACACAGACAAGGUUGUGUAUUUAGAAGGCAUUUUGGAUAAAGAUUACUUUGGGCUGUCACCUGACACGUUCAACGACAUGGCUCGAAACGUCACCCACAUUGUACACGUCGCUUGGCCAGUGGACUUCGCCAUCCCCCUCGCUGCGUUUGAUAACGCUCUUCACGGUCUGCGGAACUUGGUGGACUUCGCCAUUUCCUCGCCCUGGCAAGUUGCGCCUCAGUUACUUUUCACAAGCUCAUUCGGUGUAUUGAGUGGUCUGGCAUCGUCGAGCGCCGUAGAAGAGGCUCUUACACAUGACCCCAGUAUAUCUGUUGGCACGGGGUAUAUCGAAAGCAAAUGGGUUGCAGAGCACAUCUUGGCGGCGGCGGCUGAUGCCACGCGACUGAAACCAACUAUUAUUCGCGUGGGGCAACUCACUGGAGGGCGCAAUGGCAACUGGAAAACAACGGAAUGGAUCCCAUCCAUGAUCAGUUCAGGCCUCCCCCUCGGCUCUUUGCCUAAUCGUUCUGAUACUAUCAAUUGGCUUCCGAUUGAUGUCGCGGCGGCAUCGAUGGUGGAGAUGUUCGAUUCACCCCCUGGCGUGUAUCACUUGAUCCACCCAAGUCCUGUUUCAUGGACUACUCUGAUGCAGGAAGCUGCUCGCAUCAUGAACAUUCCGCUGGUCCCGUACGCUCAGUGGCUCGCUUCUUUGGAGAAACAGGCGUCGUCACAAACGGCAACAGCGUCGCAAAAUAAUCCUGCACUGAGGUUGCUUGAUUUUUUCAAGUACACUGCUCGCAGAAAGAAUCUCACUACGAAUACCGAGGUCUUUUUGGGGCCGGAGCUCUCAUGUUCUAAGUCAUUGCGAGAAUCUCCGACGAUGCGAUCAAUUGUUUCAAACCCGCUGGGAGCGAAGGAUGUAGCUAAAUGGAUAGGAUACUGGCGCAGCGUUGGCUUUAUUCCCGUUUGAUUCAUAUUCAGCACCCUCCUGUCAAUGUAGAUACGUCUGUCCCCAUACUAACAUGCAGUUCUACAUAUCUAGAGCUAAAUCGACAUACUAUGAUAUCACAGAGAACGCUCUGUUGAGGACAGUGGAGCUACUUUAAACUUACCAGCCUCAGCUGUAGACACUC